CAGUAUAGGCGGAGCUGUCCUUCCUGUUAUUCACUCCAGUAUUACCUUCUUAUCCACAGGAGGGUAAUUAUUUCCAUAGGGCUUAUUUUCAGGGGAAUCUGUAAAGCUCAAACUUCUUUUUAGUCCUGCAUCCUAACCAGAAGCCCAAAUCGAGAACCCUCUGGAGAGACCAAGGAUGACCGUGUUUAUUAAUCCUCUGUUAUACCAAAGCCAAGAGAUCGCCGUUUCUGACUGGAUCACUCUUCUCACUCUUUGUUUAGCUCCGCUCAUUGCGCAUGUUCUCAUCGGCGCGCCUUCACCGACUUAUCUUUCGCUGAGUCGACCACCUUGGCAUGAACGAAUAUGCCACUAUAACCCGACCUCUAUUCUCUGGCGAUAUGGAGCAAUCACUGACCGUCGCAUUCGGGCCAAGAAUUGGGAUAGAUUCGAUCUCGCUGCCAGCAAUGCUUUGUUUUGGACUGACCAAGGCUGGGAUGGAUCUGAAGAGAUGAUCGCGUACAGCCGACCGCGUUGUGUGCAACUACCCGAUGGAGACAGGGUCACCCUGUUGUCAAGAGAUGCAAUCAAAACUCUCAUUAUCACCGUUCAGGGCAUGCAGGCCAUCAUCCUGCUAUUGGGCAGUCAAAUCGACCCAUCUGCCCCAAGCUUCACACUGUUGAUGGCUGUCGACAUUAUCUUCUUUCCCAUCGCACUUUUCGGGUUGCUGAGGCUGUGCAGCUGUCUCUGGCUUACGGACGAGUUCUCGUUCGCUUCGAUGGAGGACAUCCCUGCAGGUUCUCCACAGCCGCUCGGCUGCAGCACAACAUCCUUCGAGCUUUUGGCUGCCAAUCCUGCGACAAUUGAGCCCCAGAGAUUCUAUACCUCAGCCUUCUGGGGCAGCAGAAUGUUUCGAUUCACGUAUGCUCUAGUCCUCCUUGCACUCCUGGGGUUGGCCUUGUCGUUCAUGGUCCCGCGCGGAGACACUUUCUACACUACGACGACUUUCGUGGUGAUUAUCUUCUACCUGGGCGUGAUCGGAAUGACUGCUCUGAUAACUGCCUGGUACAUGGGGAUUAAGGGAGCAAAAUCUACUGUCUUGCCUUGCAUCUCAUCAACCUGGUACAAGUUCUACACUGGCGCUCUGUUGGGCUUUGGAAUUGCCGUGAUUGUCAUCGCAUGCAUUGAGACCCGCAAGACUCCCUGCGGAAAAUUCACAAGCGGUCCAGGUAUACAGGCUGAUUUGUUAGCAUGCUUGCGCGGAAAAUUCGACAAGAUCGAGCACCAUGACAUUAUUGACGGCCCAUACAAUGGCACUGUCAGUUAUGGUUUCCAGCGUCCCAACAAUGCUAGCUACGUAGUAGCUCACUACGAAGACGAUCAGCAAAAUGCUUUCAAUUUCACUAGGAUGUGUUUCAGCAGCAUGUUUGGAAUCUAACGGUGUAAUCAAGGCCAGCAAGCGAGAACAGACGGAAAGGCUCGACUGAGGUCUUAGCAAAAGCCUGUACGCUAUGAGUAUAAUACAGUUGCAAAAGUGUUGAAGAUGGAAGGAAUGAGAGAGGAGUUGUAACUAAUAAGAAUUCUUUGGCAAUGAAAUGGCUUGCCAGGGAUCAGGCAGUUACAGCAUGAUGAAGGGGACGGGAACUGAAGAAGAAAACUAAGUCAGCGUACUGGCUUGCCUCAUGGCCACGAGUUUUCAAUCGAGGAAAUAGACAGCGAUAGAUGAAAAGCGUGGACAGAAUCCCAC